AUGGGUAUGGGUCCGGUUCCCCAUCACGGCACGAUCGAGCAUGGCCUGGCAGAGAAGGGUCUGCAGCUUGCGCGCGGAAGAAGAAGAAAAGGUCACAUGGAGGAGCAGAGAGUGGAGUACAUGAAGAAGUGGAAGGUCUGCGACGAGUACAUCGACAAUGGAGACCAUAGCCUCUUUCACCGAUACACCAGGACGUUGAUACUUGACAACGUCAAGAUGACGACCCUGGAGAGUAUCCUUCUUGAGCAACUGGUCAGCAAAGAUUUCAUGGGGAGAGCCUUCUCCUUCCAUUGA